CAAGACUUCCCGCAACCUCUUCUCCUUCCUCUGUCUCAACCUCUCCUUCGCCUUCGUGGAGCUGCUCUACGGCAUCUGGAGUAACAGGUCUUGUUACUUUACAGGUCACUUUAACAAGCCUCAGAUGAAAUGAGAUUGGUCUCUUACCAGGCUUCCUGCCAUUAGUGCAGCUCAAUGACUUGUAGCUGUACCUAUGAUACGGAGCGUGGUUAUGCUACGAGGUGAAUUGCAUUGCAGAUGCAGUCUGCUGACCCCUGCUGAUAAAUCCACGUGCCUCUGGCCACCUGGAAUUGUUAGCUUAGGUCUUGAAAGCAGCACAGCUGUAUUGGUGUUGCACUUAAGGUAAGUCUUGCCUUAGUGAGAUUUGCAGGUGUGAGCACAGUGUCAUGGUAACUUCUUGCAUUAUUUCUGGUUCUAGAACUUGUAUGGGUUUUUAGUUAGAGCAGCAGUCCUUAUAAAAGUCUUUUUCCCAGAAGGUUCUAUUAAAAAAAAAAAAAAAAGAACAAAAAACCACCAAAACCGUAUCACCUCAGAAAGCAGUAGCUCUCUCUGCUUAGCAAUGCUUAUUCCUUCCAUUUCACAGUCAGUACAACUUAGGGUUACUGUCACUAAUUACCUUCUACCUGAAUAUUUGAUGUGCUUUGUGGUGGGUUUUUUACCUCACUGGAUCUUCCCAAGUGCUCAGAACCAAACCUAAAAUGAGCUGUUUCCCUAAAGAUGUCACCUGAUUUUGGGGAGGAGGAAGAUGUCACCAAAACCCUUCAAGAAUUCUACAGCCAAUUCUAUUUUGCUGCUUCAUAGGCAUCUAGCCUGUGGGUCUUGUUUUAAAGUUUGUUUAGAACAGCCUCAUCUCUCCUGCUUUGGUGGCUACAGCACUUUAGGACAAUAUACCAUGCUGUCAUCCCUCUGUCUUAAAUGUUAUAGUUGUGUGUAUAUAUAAAUAAAUAGAGCAAGACACUUGAUCUUGCCUCUCCUUCAAACCUACUUCUUCCUCUAUUGACUGUUUCACCUGAAACACUUGAGAUUAAUCUUGUAAUUGUUUUCUGUGAGGCUGAAAUGGUUUGGCUUUGUACUGUGAAGUGGUUGGAACUUUGGCUAAUGAAACUUUGUAUUUGACUUCAAUGUGAAUAUGUGUCUAUCCUCUAGAACUUGUUAACCCACUAAUUGCUUCUUGUGCUUCAGUUUCCAGAAAUUGAGUUGUACGUGUAAUUAUUCUUAGAUAACCAAAGGACUGAGAAAAUGGAACUUUUGGGACUAUUGAUUAACAAUUGCUCAACAGUACCUCUCUAUCAAAUGUCUUUUAAAAUAUGAAGCAUUGUUUUUUUGUUUCGAUGCAUGUACUUUGCUGCAGACUUACAGAACCUGUUCACGAGUAAUUUGGUAAACUUUGGCAGUGCUUGUGUGUGGUGUUAACCCCAGUUUACCUACAGCCUACAAACUGAUAUGAGUUAUACUGACUGGCUAGCUCAUGAUGCUUUGAACCUCUUAGCAUGCUGGUUCACUUUAACUGUGUUUCUCAAUCAAGACUGACAAACAGUUGUGUAUUGGUCUUUGAAAUAAGCCAUGUAAGAUGUGGUCUCUCAGUCUGAUUCUUCAGCCUCUAGAUCUCAGAGGUGUGUAUCUCCUAGUUAGUGCCUUGCCACUGCUAAGGCAAAGAUUUAAAGUUGAAUUAUGUUGAUGAGAGAUGUGGCUGUGGGUACAUCUAGUCCAGGGAUUUUGGUUUCUCCUUUCACUAUCACCAAAAUCAUAUGCUAGGAGGAUUUUUUUUGCUAAGCACUUUUCCAAAGUGCCUUCUCUAAAGCUGACAAAAGCAGUUUUGGCAUCAUACUUGUGUUGGUGAUGAAGUGUGGAUUGCUCCUCUGUGCUAGCAAAAAAAUGCCUGAAGCUUAGAAACAGUGUAUUCUGCUAGUGUGUAAAAGAUUAAUGUCUGUGGGGCUUUUUUUUCAUACUCAACAUGUAGCAUAUGGAAUAUAACAGUUUUUUCCUGUUCUCUUUCAGUUUAGGUCUGAUAUCAGAUUCUUUUCAUAUGUUUUUUGACUGUACUGCUCUCUUGGCUGGAUUAGCAGCUUCAGUUAUUUCAAAAUGGAGGUCAAACGAUGCUUUCUCAUAUGGUUAUGUUCGAGCAGAAGUACUUGCUGGUUUUGUAAAUGGCUUAUUCCUCAUCUUUACAGCGUUCUUCAUUUUUUCUGAAGGUGUGGAGAGAGCCCUUGAGCCUCCAGAUGUGCAUCAUGAGAGACUUCUUCCUGUUUCUAUACUGGGAUUCAUUGUAAAUCUGAUAGGAAUAUUUGUUUUUCAGCAUGGAGGUCAUGGGCAUUCACACGGCUCUGGGCAUGAACACAGCCAUUCUCUGUUUAACGGUGGUCUCAGCCAUGGGCACAGUCACAGAGAUCAUGGACACAGCCAUGAACAUAAGGAUUCCCAUGGACACACUCAUGGUCAUGGCCAUGGACACUCUCAUGGUCAGGAUUAUUGUCAUGAUGACCAUUCCCUUGAAGUAAUGGGUGGAUCCAGCAAGCAGAUUUUACAAGGUGUAUUCCUGCACAUUGUGGCAGACACACUGGGAAGUAUUGGUGUAAUCAUAUCUGCUAUACUGAUGCAGAACUAUGGUCUAAUGAUAGCAGAUCCUAUUUGUUCAAUGCUGAUAGCACUACUUAUAGGUGUAAGUAUUGUUCCACUUUUAAAAGAGUCCAUUGGGAUUUUGAUGCAGCGAACUCCUCCUUCCCUGGAAAAUGCCCUGCCUCAGUGCUACCAGAGGGUGCAGCAGUUGCAAGGUGUCUACAGUUUACAUGAUCCACAUUUCUGGACCCUCUGUACUGAUGUUUACAUAGGGACUUUGAAGUUACUAGUAGCUCCUGAUGCUGAUGGAAGGUGGAUUCUAAGCCAGACUCACAAUAUUUUUACUCAGGUAUGUCUUAUCAGUGGACGUCACAUCUCAAAGUGUAAAUUGCUUGAUGUGACAUUGUAAUUUUUACCAAGAAAGGUUAAAUAUUUCUGAGUUUGGUAUCUGUUUUGAAAAGCCUCCCUGCUCCAGCUGUAUAGAACAAUUUCAAAAUACUCAGUUGUGUAGAUGGAAUUAGUGUACCUCUCUGCAUUAGUUUUUCAUGCCUCUUUAUAGGAAUAACAGAUGUAAUUGUCUCAGGUGUAUCAAAUGGGGUUGAUCUAUAUUGACCUGUAGGGAACUAAGAAAACAGAUGAGGCUUCUCUUAGGAUAGAGUUUCUCACCACAGACCAGACCUACUCAGGCUUUUCACUGCAUUGUCAGCUUGCACAUGUGAUGGCUUUCUGGGUAGAUUCAUAAUGUAGAACUGGUUUGAACAAGUCCCAUGUUACACUCUUGUGCUUAGCUCUGUUUUAAACUGACAGUUCUUGAAGCAGCUUGCUUUGCAGGAAGAUAAACUGGCACAAAAGAAAGUAAGAGUUGCUUUUGUGCAGCGUCACAUGUGGCAGUCAUUUAGGAUGAAUCAGAAGAGGUAAUGCAGCAAAGCUAAUGUUAGUACAUCAUUAUGUGUGUGCACUUGACUGUGUGAAGAACUCCUUACUCAUCUGGUGUUCUCUGAGUGAUAUGCUAAAUGUGGAGAUGAAUUACAGAAAAAUAAGUUGUUUAGGUUUUUUGCUAGGUCAUUUACUGAUGUGGGCUGAUGUUCAGGACAGGCAACUGCUUUGGCUUUACAGUGUUUUUAACCCUCCUUCCUUUUUCCACAGGCGGGAGUAAGGCAGCUUUACAUACAGAUUGAUGUUGCAGCCAUGUAAUCAGUUUCUGGAAUGGUGCUGUUGGACCAAAGUUUUCAGUACUGUACUGGUGUAGCAACACUUCUUGAGACAGAGCCUGCCUCCACCACGUCUGGAAUUGACUGAAUGGAUUUCUGCCCUUGGGCUACGGAGGAAGUUCACUUCUAAGGAGUAAAUAUUGAAUGAAUGUUAUGGACUUUGGGUCUUGGUUUUUUUUGGGGCCCCUAAACUUGUACGUUUUUGAGGGUUUUUUACUUAAUAAGAUUGUGGUACUGGAAACCCUGUCAUGUCUUCAGUAAAGCUGCUGAAACCACUGCUCAUUCCCAUAAAACCAGUGUUAUCGGCAAUUGGAAACUUGUUUUGUAGACAAUGUCACAAUGGCUGACAUGCUUCAAUAUAAUUGUAUGUUUGUACAAUUGUUUGUACUUUGCAAACUUAAUGAACCAAACCAUAUUGGGUUUUCAAAGUGCCUUUUAUAUCAGGAGAGCUAUUUGCCAGCAUAAAUAUGGAGCAUCAAAGGGUUUUACUACUUUUACAAAUAAUCUUGUAUGCAGUCUGGUUACUUACUAGCGAUGUAUGCGGGGGGUUGUGUACUUGCAUAACUGUAGAUGUUAGGCUUCCAUUAUAUUUGCAUCUUACCAGACAGGAAAAUUCUAAAUAUAAAAGACAAAGCUGUUGUGAAGAGACUUGCUUCUGAGACAAGCUGGGUAUUUUGUUGCACGUCUUGUGAAAAUUAUUUUAGUUCAAAUAUUAGAUUUAACUCCAAUUCUUAGUCUCUUCAUACUGCUGAGAGUAUUGAGAGAUUACAUGAUGUUGCUAAUGUUCAGUCACUUAAACAAUGGGCAGCUGAAGGAAAAUGCUGUUGAUGGAAGCAAUGCUUGAAGUUUUUUAUUUUCCAAAUCAUGUGGUGGAAAAAAACUAAAUCCUGAAUUGGUGAAAGGUUAAGUAUCCUUGAUUUUAAUAGGUGGCUAUCAUUUUUAUUAAAGUGAUGAAGUUCAAAUUUUGCCUUUCCAAAUAUUGAAAAUAGUUGUUUCUGGCACUUAUGCCUGAAAUGGAAAUAAGGACCACUUUUCAUGCUGUUUUAGCUUAUGCUUUUCCCAGGCUGACAAAUCUUUGACUAUUUUACUACAGCCUUGUAUGUUUUCAUAGGGGAGAAGAUUCUCAGUGCAGUAAGGGUUGUUAGAUUGGGUUUUUUUUUUUCCCAGAAACAUUCUUCUGUCAUGUAUUUACUAGCAUUUGUAAUAAUUUUAUUCAGAUAUCUGAGUGUCACUUUAAGCAAUCUGCUAUGUUUGGUAUUACAGAUGAUAGUUCCACUAUGCUGUAGUAGUUCACUUAAUAAUGGAAUACAUUUUAAGAGGACUUUUUACAAACAGAACAUGGUGAAGUAAAAAGCAAUACAGGCAUUUUUCUGAGAAAUCAUAGCUGCCACUGAUUGGUAUGGAUUUUACGUUUAUAUUGGUACCUGUCAGAGGUAAUACUAAAAUCAAGGCCCUGAGAAGUUUAAAAUGUCUGCGUAGUAAGUGCUAGGCACUAUGAAAUGACUGAAGAUUGAUUUGCAGAAAUGGUUUGUUUGCCACUGAUAUUGUUGAAUCCAUCACAGAUAUGAAGAGUUUCUCGCAUUCAUUCUAUUGUUCCUGUAUAACUCCUGAUUUCUUUUUAUGUGAAACCACAACACUUGCCAAAUUUGAUGGUGGUUCCUGAAUUUUCCAGUUGAGAUAUUGAAACAUGAAUGUUGAUUUUGUCCAGAUCUUGGGGGUGUACACUUGUGCUUGGAACUGGAAACUGGGUUUAAAAAAAAUGGCAGUACAAAGCUACCUAUAAUAUUGGUUUUAAUCUUUGCUGUCUCUUCCAGUUUUGAGAUCCUUCCAUUGCCAUUUCUCAUCCUGUUUGCUUUCCCUGGGGACACAGGUGCAGAGUGCCCUCCCAGCAGGCUGCAUGUUCUACAUCUCUUUCCUGGUGUGGCACUCUGUCAGGCUCUCUCCGUCCCACCUGGCAGAUGCUGUGCCAGGCCCAGAGUUCCUGACUGGAAGAUGGAAGUUACACGGCACAGGGUGGGUGCAGGAAUCUGCUGAGCAGAUUGGAGCGCUGCAGUUUAGGAUACUAUGUGCAUGUAUGUUCAGAGAAGGCGAUGAAAAUCCCUUGUGAUUAUAGGGUGGAGGUACUGGUCUGUACAGUGGUGCCUAUAGACUGCUGCUUGCUGGCUGCCAGCAGGACUUCCUCAUUUUUUAUGAGUUAUUAUUACUGCUAUUUGGGGCUAAAGAAGAUCAACUGAUAUCACUUUAAAGGCAAGCAGCAGAGAGAUUCAUUGCAACUGUGUUGUGAUCCAAGAGCAGGCUUUGGUUUAAGUCAUCUUUACACCAGCAUGUUUCAGGACUGACUGUUCCUGGACUAGUUGAAAUGCUGUAGUGCUGCCCAAGUUGCUGAGCUUGGCCACUAUUUUAGCUUCUGAAUGAAAAGACAACUGCUACUACUUGUUUCCAAGUGAAAACCUUGGCAGAGUGGCUGUUUGAUGGUGGUGAUGGUGUUCUUUUAAAUGUACAUCUACCAAAUUUUUAAUAUGGGAAAUGGAGUGAAAAAGUCUCUAAGCCUGUGUACAAUCACACAACAAUUUUAAUAACUUUUGGUAAUUGUUUUUGCUUAUUAUGAUUUAACUGAUUGUUGCAAGCAUAUAUACAAGUCUUGAGUUUUCUAGCCAAGCAAGACAGCACUUCAUUAUGUUUAAACAUUUAUAGUAAGAAAGGUAUCAUUUGUUUGUCAAAUGUAAUUGGGGAUAGUGUAGGGAAGUCAGAUUCAUAGCCUUUAAAGGCCUUCUGAAAAAGGAUAAACAUCACAAAAACACAGUGUAGGACAUGUUCAGUCAGUUAUUGCAGUCACAUGUAGUAUGUCAGUAAACAAGGGACAUCUGAUAUUUUUUUCACCUAAGGGGAUACUUGCUCAGGUUUUAGAUGAGUACAAACCAUGCAGUUGAAAGCAAAAGUGCAGCUUUCCUUACCCUGAGAGCCAAAGCACCAUUAUUUGUGUUUUGCUAAUUACUUAACAGUGGCUGCUUACCUAACACUUUGCUAUCGACACUUUAUUGGAGAUGCAAGGCAGGAUUUAAACAAAGACUUGUGUGAAUGGCUGACAUCCAGAGAUGGGUGAAUGUCUGCAGAUCAUGUGCUAAAACUCGGCUUACUGGGAUCCACUUCUGAAUUUUGAAUCAAGUUUUCAAAGUGUGGUUUUCUCAUGUUUCCAUGUAACUGAUAUUUACUGUGGGUUUAGGUUACUGGUCCGUGUUUGUGGGGUUUUUUUUUGGUUUUUUUUUUUUGUGAUUGAGACUUGUAACUUAAAACCCUAUUGUUCCAAAGACCAAGCCUACAAACUGCAUGAAUUUUACCACACCUACAGCAAAAUAAGAAGAUAAAACAAAUGUUACAGGGUGUCUGUAUUAAAAUGCCUCAGUGUUUUUUGGGCUACAUAACAGUGGAAGAAAACUCCUUUUAUGAAUAUGCACGGAAAGGACUGGUCCUUUAUAGGCUAAUCUGGUAAGUGUACAGCUCUGGAUAGACUGGCUCCUUCCAUCAGGAGGGCCCCUACAGAGAGCUGAGUUACUCGUUUGAUUUGCUAAGCUAAGAUGAAAAGUAAAUAAACAACUUUGCUUUUUAUGUAAUAAUGCCUACUAAAGCAAAAGUUCAGUUGCAUCAUUAGUAAAAACUGCUGACACUAGUUUUACACAAAAAUUGAAGCUGCUACUACUAAUAAAAUGGACCUUAGUGACUUAACAUUCUUGAUUUACUUUUUUUUUUAAGAUGUAAAGCUGGGUUUAAAGGUGAAGGAAAAUUAAUAGUUUCUCUUUUUAACUGUUGUAUGUGAACCUGUUCUGGGAAUGUAAACAAGAUACAAGAGGAGAGAAUCUGCUGCUGAACUGCAGUUUUCCAUCUUCUGCACAUAGUGUGCGAACAAAUUACUGUAAAGACCAUACUUUUCUUUCACAGUGCAGAUUUUCAGUUGCAUGCUUUUAUAAAAUGCAAACUCUUAUCUUUCUUCAUGACACAAGUCUUUAAAUACCAGUUCAGAGCAACAAUUUCAGUUAAUAAUUAAACCCUAUUCUGUUUUCUCCAGCAGCCAUUUGAUUGCUAUGAUUCUUGAUUAUCACAUUCCUUUAAACAGGAUUUUUUUUUCUUUAAAUAAUCUCUCUGAUCCUCAAUACAGACUCAGUAGUUAAUUCCUCCUUUACACUUCUGUGAAAAUCCUUAUCUGCAGAUUGCUGAGGUUCCCUUUUGGAUUUGUCCCCUAUUCAGGCUUUGUUGCAAUGCCCAUCCCUGUGGGGACUUCCUUGGCCAGACACUGCUAUAAUGUGAAGCAAUGCCAGCCAUGCUGGGCCUGGCAUGCGAAGAUUGAGUCUUGCUGUGUGCAAAUACUGCUCAACCUACUUGUCUGUUUCAGUGAGCCACAAAAGGUUCCUGCCUGUGUGGUAAUUUGGCUGAAAUAAUGUGUUAAAAGAGCUGGGUAUUUCACUUCCCGUGUGCAUUGGAGCCUCUCACAUGUGUGCUGGGAUCUUGUACAAGAGUCAAGUGAAUCACUACAGUAUCUUGGCUGAAGUGUGAAAUAAUGUGAAUGAAGCAAUUGCCAAAAUAAUUCCUGGUAGUAUACAGCAUAUUGCUUGCCUUUACCUUUAAAUUACAGGAAUUACUCUGAGCAGUGAGCUUCAGUUCAAUAGCAAAGUGUGUCAAAGUACCUGUGAAGGAAUCUAGCAGGUAACACAAGGCAGCUCACUAAAAUUCUGAAGACUAUGUAUGAUUUUGUUCUGGAAUGCUAAUGUUAGUAGCUUAGCCACGGCUUGUCCCAAGUGCAAUAUUAAGAAAUUUUUAAUGUAAUCUUUUCUACUUGAAUACAGUCUAUAUAAAAUGUUAAAUAUCCUAUAUUGCUGAAAAGAUAUGGGAUCAAAUUUCUUUCCAAUAAAUCUUCAGUUUAAGAAAAA